GAUGGCGGGCAUGCGCUCACUCCCAGAGGUGGAUCUCUCCUGUCCCAUCUGCUGCGACAUCUUCCGAGAGCCGGUGGUCCUCAAGUGCAGCCACAGCUUCUGCUCGCCCUGCCUGCAGCAGUACUGGACGCGCGGGCGGAGCCGGGACUGCCCCCUGUGCAGAAACCAGUCCGUGGACGACCCCGUGCCCAGCCUGACCCUGAAGAACCUGUGCGAGGCGUACGUCCAGGAGAGCGAGGGGGCGGAGGAAACGGGGGGAGAACUGUACUGCGAACCGGGGGAGAUGUGUUCUCUCCACGGGGAGAGGCUCAAGCUUUUCUGCCUGACGGACAAGGAGCCAAUCUGUGUGGUUUGUCACACCUCGAGGAGGCACAAACAGCAUGAUUGCUGCCCUGUCAGCGAGGCGGUUGUAGAUGUUAAGGAGAAAAUAAAGUCAGCCCUCAGCUCUUUGCAAGAAAAGAAGGAUGCUUUCGACCAAAUGAAGAAAAACUACGAGGACACAGUGGCGUACAUCCAGGUCCAGGCUCAGUUCGUGCAGAGGCUUACCCACGAGGAGUUCGAGAAGCUUCACAUGUUCCUGCGAGCCGAGGAGGAGGCCAGGAUGGAGGCGCUGAGGGGGGAGGAAGAGCAGAAGAGUCGAGUGAUGAUGCAGAAGAUCGAAGAAAUCACCGGACAGAUAACAUCCGUCACCGAGUCGAUCCGACUUCUGGAGGAGGAUCUCGCUUUGGAGGGCAUAUCUGUACUUCAAAAAUGCAAGAGGACUUUGGCAAGAGCAAACUGCCCAGUCGAAGACCCCGUCAUGGCUACAGAAUCGCUCAUAGAUGUGGCCAAGUAUCUGGGUUCUCUGGGAUUCCAUGUUUGGGUGAAGAUGCAAACAAUUGUGAAAUACAGCCCGGUGACCCUGGAUCCCAACACGGCUGCCCCGUGGCUCGUCCUGUCAGACGACCUCACCAGCGUCUGUGACAGUGAGGAGAAGCAGAAGCUGCCCGACAACCCGGAGAGGUUCCACCCGGACACGGCCGUCCUGGGCCGCGAGGGCUUCACGUCGGGGAAACACGCCUGGGACGUCAGCGUGGGAGACAACACCGCGUGGGUCGUCGGCGUGGCCAAAGAAUCGGUCGUGAAGAAAGAGAAAGUGUCUUCGGUGUUAAAAAACGGAUACCUGUGUGUGUACUACUACCACAAAAUGCAUUUUGCCGGCACCUCUCCGUUGACGAGACUUGCCCUGAAGAAGAACCCGCAGAAGAUCAGGGUGCUGCUGGACUGUGACAAGGGCAGGGUGUCUUUCUACGACCCCCAAGACAACACGCACAUCUACACCUUCAAGAACGGCCUCACUGAGAAAGUUUUUCCGUACUUCUGGGUGGGUUGUCAGCAGUGUCCGUUGAGAGUGGAACCACUGGAGGUUUCUGUCAAAGCUGUUGGGUAUUGUUGAAAUUCCAGUUUUCUUCAGCAGAAAGGGGAGAUAGGCAGGCGCUCAGAAUCUGAAAUCAAAUCGCAUCAUUUUAACAUUAACGUCUUUUUCCGACAUCCUUCAACCUUUCUCCAGUUAAAAACACAACAAACAAAUCUUUGUCUGUUCAAUUUGUAGUCCUGGAGAGCUCACUUCAGUUUAACCUCUGCACUUUGAAAACACUUUAAAAGGUCUUUAUUGUCUAAACUGUUUGUGGAAAAAAAAAACACCAUCUCAAUCAUAAUGAGGUUUUUUUUAAAGUGCAUUAUAGCCUGAGAAUAUCCUGAAUAAAUAUUGGUUUCGUUUUGAUGAUUCAAACAUUAAUAUAUUUUAUGUUAUGUGCAUGACAGUAGCUAAACAUGGUUUGUUUUUAAUUUCCAUAAUGUGUUGAGCUCAUUGGAUUUAUGGCUCAAAUUAUGCUUUAUGUGCAAUUUCUGGUGAUGUCACCGAGUGCUAAUUUAACGAAUAAACGAUUUUCAAACAUUAAAAUGUGCUGCGUAAACAUUAAAGUUUGAACACCUCUAUAAGCCCCUCCCACUUGACCUUCA